GAGAUUCAGGCGAGCUGCGCGGACGUUUGCGAGAGCUGCCAGAAGAAAGUGUACCCCCUCGAGAAGGUGGAGACGAAUAACAAAAUCUUCCAUAAACAGUGUUUCCGGUGUCUGCAGUGCAAUUGCGUGUUGAGGAUGGACACGUUUACCUUGAACAACGGUAAACUGUACUGCAUCCCGCACUUCAAGCAGCUGUUCAUCACGCGGGGUAACUACGACGAGGGUUUCGGCGUGGACCCGCAUAAGAACAAAUGGACGACCAGCGCGAGCAACCCGACGAGUCCGGCGCCGAUCGCGGUCUCGAACGGCGACCUCUGAUUCGCCGCGGUCCGUGUGGCCGUGUCCGCGAAUCCUACCAGAGAACGAAGACGAUAGCACGCGCGCGAAACGCCGAUUAACGGCACUGUGUAAAUCCUUUGACGAGCGAACGGUUACCGGUCGGGGUAGAAACCCAUGGAAAAUCGUUCUAGUUCUCCAAAGACCGCCCCGUCAUGUCUCCCCC